AUGAGUGGGUUAAAUUUCAAUAAACGAAAAUCUAGUGCUGCUACUCCUAAGUUGACGACAUAUUUUAAACCAAGAGAGAUUGCUGCUAAUGCUGCGGCUAAAAAUGCUGGUGAAUGUGGUGAUGAAGACACGACGAAGUUAAAUGAGCCUGAGGGGAGAGAUUAUCGUGGUGAAUGUGCUUCUGAUUUGGAUUUGAGUGAAGAAGAAAUCACGUCGGUGCCGGAAGGUCAAAAAGAAAAAAAACCUAAAAGGUUUUCUACUGACCCGUCUUAUUGGGAUCGUCAUGACCACGAACUGGUCGCAUUUGUUAUUGAUACGUCAAACCCUAGAAAUUAUGAUCCUUCUAAAUUUUACUUUACAAGUUCCGAGAAGCGUGAACCGUUGGGAAAAGUGAGACGAGCCAACGUGGAUCUCUUCUACCGUAAGCUAGUAAACGGAGAGAAGAAACCACGUGAUUGGUUGGAGUUUUCAAAGCGAAAUGGAAGUCUGUACUGUGUGCCAUAUUUUUUCUUUGGUGAAGAACGCAAGUAUUCUAUGGCUGGAAAAGAAGGAUUUCGUGAUUGGAUGAACGCCAGCAAGGCCAUUAGUGAUCACGAACGGUCAUCGGACCAUAGUCAUGCCAUUUCUACCUUUUUCAACCGUUGCGAACCUCAAGACAAGAUUGAUGCUGACUUUAUCAGACAAGCGCGAAUUCAUCAAGAUUAUUGGAGGGAAUUCCUACACUGGUCAGUGGCUGUCAUAAAAUUUCUUUCUUCCUGUGGAAUGGCUUUUCCCGGAUCUAACCAGCAACUCGGAUCGGUUCACAACGGAAACUAUCUCAUUCUAUUCGAACUAUUGGCUCUACACGAUCCUUUUUUGGCAAAGCACUUGGCGACUUACGGCAAAAAGGACAAAGGUAACACCUCCUACCUCUCCGCCAACAUCUGCGAAGAGUUCAUUCAACUUCUUGCUAAAAAGGUGGAAGCUUAUAUAGUUGAGGAGUUGAAAGAAGCCAAGUACUAUUCAGUCAUCGUUGAUUCCACCCCGAAUGGGUCGCACACCGACCAACUGUGUUUUGUUCUGCGCUACGUGCUGCCGGAUGGAGCGCCAGUCGAACGUUUCCUCGGAUUCCUACCAAUGUAUGGCCACACCGCUCUACAAAUGUUAGACAUGGUGACGGAUAAGUUGAACAGGCACGAAAUUCCGAUAGAAAACCUCCGCGGGCAAUCGUACGAUAAUGCUAGCAACAUGACGGGCAUCUACAUUGGACUGCAAACUAGGAUUAAGGUCGUCAAUCCUCAGGCAGAGUAUGUGCCAUGCAGUGGUCAUUCUCUGAACCUCGCAGGAACCAGCGUGGCGGAAUCAUGUGCUACAGACGUUGACUUCUUCAGUUUUUUGCAACAACUCUUCAAUUUCUUGUCAGGAUCGACGCAUCGUUGGGCUGUUCUACUAGAUAUCCUACGAGCAACUGAUUCAACUCAAACUCCAAGAAACAGAGCGGAAGCCAAUGGACUUGUCGAAAAAUUCAACAAGCUCGAAACAGCCGUGCUGACAGUAAUUUUGGCCUCGGUAUUGGAACGCGUAAACAAAGUCAACAAGCAGCUGCAAUCCGUAGCAAUUGAUCUUGGCAUUGUAGUAGAGUUCUAUUCUUCGCUUGUUGCAUUUACUAAAGAGGUCCGAGACAACUAUAACAAUUACGAGAAACAGGCUGUGGAACUGUUUGGAAUGGAAAUGGGGUCAUUUGUCUACUGUCUACUCUGCUGA